AUGGUAUCCCUCGUUCCCCUGGUUCAGGCCCAGCGCUCAGCGCCUACACCAACCUCGAAACCCAGCAAACCCCUCCUCCGCCGCACAACACUAGCGGGAACUAUACGCAAACGCGAUGAUGCAGGUCUAGACGAUGACUUUUUAUUAGCACCUCCGAGUCCGAAUAAGAGAGCUCGCGUCACCUUCAAUCCGACAGUCGAGGAGAAGAUCAUGGAUGAAUACAGCGUGAAAGGGCGGAGUUUAGAGCUGAUACGCUCGGAGACUAGGAGGGCGAUAGAAGCACAUAAGAGGGGCGAUAGUGAGGCGUAUGACACUAUCAAGGAGGUGUUUGCGCCGAGGAAAGGGGGCGAUGACGAGGAACCUGAGAUGAGGGUCGAAAUGAGGACGUACUUGCUGGCACUUAGCAGCUACGCUUCGGAGUUAGACAGAAGAUGCUCGGGUUUGGUGAAAGGAGUCAUCGCUUGUGAGUGGAUGGGCAGAGAUAAGGGGUUCGUCGAGGCUUAUGUGCGGUUUCUGGGAAGUCUAGCCAGUGCGCAGGGUGCAUAUGUGGGGAUGGUGCUUGGAAUGCUGGUCGGGCAUUUCCAUGGAGUGAGGUUAUCGAGUGGCCGUAUAGAAGGCUGUCCUGACGUGAACCGAGAUCAGUUGGCCUUGAGGAUACACAAGGCGCUUGAAUAUCUUCUUAAACUUAUCCCGUCUGCGAGCAACACUCUAUCUGCGAUUCUGAAUGCCAAAUUCCCCUUCCAAGACGAAACCAAGACGGUACAUAUCACAUAUAUCAAGAAUCUAACACAACUGAUCGAAUACGCGCCUGAGUUGAAGUCUGAUAUUUUCGCGCUCAUCACGGAUAGACUUGUCAAAGUCGAUGUCCAGAUGCAAUUGGACCUUGACGAUCUUGAUGACGACGUUACAGCCGCCGUAGCUAAAACUGUCUUGACCCAAAGUUCCGAGGAAAAUGAUGGCGAGGAUUCAGACAGCGAUGUGGACUCAGUCACCAGCGAUGAAGAUAUUCACAGCGAUUCGAGACGAGUCAAAGAGAUCUCAGGCAAUAUUGAGAAGAUGGACGCCAUCCUUGAUCUGCUUUUUACUAUAUACAGUCCAUAUUUCACGGAUCCAAAUAGCGUCGAAGCCACUUCGAUGUUCGAAACUCUACUUGCGCAUUUUACAAAUAUCAUACUUCCGAUCCGCCACGCUCGACAUACACAAUUCCUACUAUUUCACUUCGCCCAAACAGCCGACCAUUUCGUGGAUCGAUUCGCUGGAACCUGUGUCGAUCUAGCUUUCCGGCCCGGUCAGCCUGCCGUACUAAAGCAAUCGGCAGCAUCCUAUUUGGCCAGCUUUGUCGCGCGAGGUGCCCACGUGGAACCCGAAGUCAUCCGGACCGUCUUCGAACUCAUCGGGAGUCAUCUGGAUAACAUCCGCGUUGAGAAUGAGCUCACCUGCCGAGGCCCAGACUUGAAGCGAUACGGCACAUUCUACGCCAUGACACAGGCUCUCCUCUACAUCUUUUGCUUCCGCUGGCGUGACCUCAUCAUCUCCACCGACGUACUAGAAGACGACGACCCCACGGGCUUCCUGGAUCAAGACCUAGACUGGGCGCCAGGAAUCAAAGAAACACUCUCCAGAGCCAUCUACUCCAAGCUCAACCCCCUCAAAAUCUGCACUCCACUCAUUGUGUCCGAAUUCGCAAAGAUCGCUCACCACCUCCGCUUCUUGUACGUGUACCCGCGUCUAGAAAGCAAUAAGCGGAUACGACUCAGUCAAUUCUCUUCCUCGCAAGCAAAUGGUGCAUUGAGGGAGACUGGGAAUGGUGGUAAUGAUGAGAGUUGGCAUCAGCUGGAAUCGUAUUUCCCGUUUGACCCGUACCAGUUACCCAUGAGCAAGCGAUGGGUCGAGGACGAUUACGUGCAGUGGAAAGGCGUCCCUGGUCUCAAUCAAGACGAGGAGUCUGAUGAUGAUAGUGCAUCGGAGGACGAUGAAGAAGAGGUGGAAAUCGAGGAAAAUACCGCGACCGAGGACGAUAACGAAUGA